AUGAGCAACUUGAUACUCAAUUUUAACCCUAUCACUCAUCAAGAAGCGCUAGACGCCGUCAAUAAGCCUGCUCAAGAAAUGGAGGGAGGCGAAAAUGUUGAGACAACUUUAAGCUUUCCUGAUCAAAACUCCAACAGCCCCUUGACGAAGAAGCGUAAACGCUCGCAAGAAGACAGCGCCUCUUCAUCCCCCACUCCCCCAGCCCGCAAGCGCAGAAUUAAACAUCCAUUUCAGCCGAACCUCCCCAAGCAACUCUCAACAACCGUUGUAAUCGACGGUCAGCCUCACUUCCCAGCACCAGUCCCAGCCCCAGCCCCGAUCCCAGUCCCAGUCCCAGUCCCAGUCGGUCCCUCGGAUAGUUCAUGGACCAUGGUAGCGGCAGACAGCUUCUCCAACUCCAAUUCGUCUGAGCGAUAUCUUGACAGCAACCGGCUGAGGCAGCAGGUCAAGAGUGGAUUGGCAGAAACGCAUGGGAUCAAUGAAGGUGAUAAGUGGGAAUGUCGAUUGCCGGGAGGGAUGUAUUUGGUCGAAUGUUUGCACGACGGGCUGUGCGCGAUGCAGUGGUGUGGGGAGGUAGUUUGGGUGUGA